AUGAAGCUCAAGAGGUUCAAAAACUUCGAGAAUUUCAAGAGGAUUAAGAUUCGGAAGAUUCCGAAGAUUCAAAAACUUCCGAGGAGUCCCAAGAUUCAUAAGGUUCAGAAGAUUCCGAAGAUUCAGGUUUCCGACGAUUUGGCAGAUUCAGAGGAUACGGAAGAUUCACAGUAUUCGGAGGAUUCGGAAGAUUCAGAAGAUUCAGAAUAUUCCGAAGAUUCCGAAGAUUUCGAAGAUUCCGAAGAAUCAAAAGAUUCAGAAGACUCAGAAGACUCAGAAGACUCAGACGACUCAGACGACUCAGAAGACUCAGAAGACUCGGAAGACUCAGAAGACUCAGAAGACUCAGAAGACUCAGAAGACUCAGAAGACUCAGAAGACUCAGAAGACUCAGAAGACUCAAAAGACUCAGAAGACUCAGAAGACUCAGAAGAUUCAGAAGAUUCAGAAGAAUCAAAAGAUCCAAAAAAUCUAAAAGAUCCAAAAGAUCCAAAAAAUUCAAAAGAUCAAAAAGAUUCAAUAGAUUCAAAUAAUGAUUCAAAGGAUUCAAAGGAUUCAAAGGAUUCAAAGGAUUCAAAGGAUUCAAAGGAUUCAAAGGAUUCAAAGGAUUCAAAGGAUUCAAAGGAUUCAAAGGAUUCAAAGGAUUCAAAGGAUUCAAAGGAUUCAAAGGAUUCAAAGGAUUCAAAGGAUUCAAAGGAUUCAAAGGAUUCAAAGGAUUCAAAGGAUUCAAAGGAUUCAAAGGAUUCAAAGGAUUCAAAGGAUUCAAAGGAUUCAAAGGAUUCAAAGGAUUCAAAGGAUUCAAAGGAUUCAAAGGAUUCAAAGGAUUCAAAGGAUUCAAAGGAUUCAAAGGAUUCAAAGGAUUCAAAGGAUUCAAAGGAUUCAAAGGAUUCA